ACUUUCACAAAAACCACACCAAAAAAUAAGAUAAUUUUUUAAAAUAAAAUAAAAUAGGAGAGAUCGAUCAAUAUGGAAGCAAAGCAAAAGUUUGUCAUUUUUGCAGCAUUAGUGAUAGUGGCAGCGAUAAUGGCGAGUGCAGAGAGUCCCUCGUGUGGUUUAACAAUUAAUGACUUAAUGACAUGCAAGCCAGCAGUAUCUGGGCCUAAACCAUUGCCACCAUCUGAUAAAUGCUGUGCUGCUUUAGGCAAAGCAGAUUUGCCUUGCCUUUGCAGUUUCAAGAACAGUCCAUUGUUGUCUACUUUCAAUAUUAAUUCCACUCUUGCUAUGGAUCUUCCCUCUAAAUGCAAACUUAAGUCUCCUGAUUGCUCUGUUAAUUAAUUAAAUUAGAGACGGAUCUAGGGUUUGAAGGUGACACUUACCCCUUUAAUUUCUCUUAUAUUUAAUUCACUCAUUAUAAUCAUGUGGUGAAUUAAUUUGUUGGUGUUUGAAUUUUAAGUGUGUGAUUCCCAUAGUCAUGUGUUUUGUUUUGUUGUAUUUUAUGGCAAGAGUUGAUGUUGAACAACUUUGUGCGGUUGAUCUUACCAGUUAUUUUAAUAAAGUUUGGCGUUUUGUUUGUUGAAGUAA